AUGACAGAGAACAGCUAUAGUAAACAUUUAUUUUUUACUCAUUCGAAGAUGAAUACAGAGUAGAGCUGUCCUUUUGGAAUAUUGAUAGGUAGUGUAGGCACUGGAAAAACAACUUUAUUUAACAAGUUAGUGAAUAAAAACUAAAUCGAUUAAGAUAUUGAAUUUUCUGAAGCUACACACUGUAUUUAUGGUCAAUUUGCUAAUUAAAAAAAAUUUAGAAUAAUUGAUUCCUUAGGCUCGUGUGAUGAAAAUACAAAAUCUAUGAAUGCUUUAAGUUUAAAAUUAGCUUAGAUAGAAGGAACUAUUAACAGAAUUUUUUUGUUAAUAAAAUAUGAAAGAUUAGGACCAAUGUAAAAUAAAUUUUCUGAAUAAAUUUAUUAUCUUUAAGAUUGGAAAAAAUUCAUAACUGUUGUUAUAACUCACUGGGAUAGAGAAGACACUCCUGAAAACAGAAAAAGUUAUGAAAAUAUUAAAGCUAUGCUAACUGAUAACGAUCCUGAUUCUGAUUUAUAAUAUCCCUUUAUUUUUGUAGGAAAAGAAUCAAAUAACUAGUAAUUAUAAGAAGUUUUUUACAAUAAUCUAUGUUAGAGCAACCCGAUAGGAUUAGAAAUAGAGCUGCCAAAGCUCAAAUUAUCUUUAAAUGAAAACAUGCAUCUAUUCAUUAAUCAGCAGAAAUAAAAAUUUAAUAUGAUUUCAGAUUCUGUUUUUAAAAAAAUGAUCAAACAUAAUUAAAACGACAAAAAAAAACUACUUGAGGAUUUUAUUCAAAAUGUUUCUUUUGAAACUUAGAAUUUAAUCAAUAAUUUUCUUAACAAAUAUAGAAAAGAAAUUACUGAAAUUGAGAUAAACCUUUAUUUUCUUGAAAUAAAAAUGUAUAUAUUCAAAACAUUUGAGAACAUUAACUCUCAUUAGAACUAAUCUUUCACUACUUUAAAACCUAUUAACAAAAAAAAAAGAUCAUUUUUUUCUUCAGUUUGCAAUAAAUUUACUAAUUUCAUUAAAUGA